CGGGCCAACCGCCAACUUCGCUCGUCAUUCUUUGCAACACGCCCCAAUCGCCUUCUCCAUCUUCGUUCUCUCUUCAGAUUCCUUCAUCCUCUUGUCCUUAUCAUUCUUGCCCAUUUGAUCCAUUUGCCAGUUUUUCUCUUCCCACCGAAAUGCUUUUGGAGAGGUGUCGGCAUUAGCCUGUGAUUCGAUUGAUGCCAUGCCAUGCACUUCGCUUCGUUCCAGCGAUGGCAACCGUUGCCGCGACAGUACCCGCAAACGAAAACCCACCCACCAUCCUGUCGUGCGCGAUCCCCAAGGCCAAGACAAGAAGAAGAGGAAGCAGAAGAAGUGCGUUGCAAAGGCGGCUGCACUGGAGGUGCAGCAUGUGGGAAUCCCCUUGAUUUCCAAGGCCACCGGGUGCCCUUGCGAGUCCAUUCGGUUGGAGCCCGACCGCCUUUACGCGAUCGGCCGCGGCGCCAGCCGGUGCGACUUUCUUCUGCACGACCCACGGGUCAGCAACCCUCAUUGCCACAUCCUUUUUGAUGGUAACCAACGCAAGGUCUUCAUUUUCCAUGCCGGGUUUCAUCCGAACGGCUCCUUUAUUCUCCGGGAUAAAGUUGGGGCGGAGCACGAGGCUCCUCGUGCUCCUUCGAGUCGGGUUUUCGUCAAUGGAGUCGAGUGUCGUCAGGGUAGUGUCGUCGCGUUGUUUGCGGGGGAUGAAGUUCUGCUCGUGUGCGGCACUGAUAAAUGUAGCUCUGGCAUUCGAAUUGGUUUUGCUAUUAGUAGAAUUGUUAUCCUGGACGAGGAGAGAGUGGUUUCUGCCGGUUCAGAUGAUCCUUCUGCAGUCAAGGGGAGGUUUUCUUUGCCUUGGAAAACCACUACGACCACCACGACGUCGAGCAGCAGCAAAAGGGUAUCGGCUUCCUGGUCUACUGCCUCGUCUCCAGGUCCAUCCUCUUCCUCCAUUGUUUAUUGCCGAGCAAAAUCACUCUUGGCUCAGUGCAGGCACAUUUUGCACUCGGCUGACCCCAUUUCUUGCAUCCGGAGAUGCCCUUUUUUUCUGGCAACAGCCAUGCCCGCUUCAUUUAAUUGUAAGAAUUCAUCUGGCUCCAGACUUGAUCUUUUUUCCAAGAAGUCCACCGAUUCUUGUGGUGAACCAGAGUUGGCAAAUGUUUUGCCCAUCAACAAAUCUGACAUCAUCUGUAAUAUGCCAAGCAUGAGGUGCAGACUUCCUCACCCACUCACUCAUACGCAUCAAACUGAAAAGGUUGUGAGCUUAGAGACUGAUGAGAAAGUAGCAUGUGUUUCUUCGCAUGCUGGAAAUUUAUCUCAAAGAGGCAACAAAUAUCUUGACAAUGCCGAUCCAAUCACCUCUCAUUUAAACCAAGUGCCUGCAGAAACUGGCCCUUGUUUCAAUACCACCGCAAAUGAUGAAAAUAGGCGCAGCUCCUGUCUACCUCCAGGGAUGAAUUUCUGCCUCAAUCGUCUUGAAUCUGUUGGACAAGGUUCUUUUGGUUGUAGUUCUGAAGUUUCCUUGGCAGAACUUAUCAAUCCUGUUGAAAGCAUAGUGCAGAUAUUCAUUGCGACAUUCACGUGUGACAUUGCAUGGUUUCUGUCCUACUGUCAAAUUCCUGACCAUUUGCCGGUGACCAUUGCUUGUCACAACACUGAUAGAUGUUGGAGCUCAAGCCCUGAGCAAAGAACCCUUGUGCCUUAUCCAGAAUUCCCAAAGCUUCUUGUGGUAUAUCCCCCUUUUCCCGAGAUCAUCGCUUUUGGUGGAGAUCGAAGGAAGCAGGGAAUUGCAUGUCAUCAUCCAAAACUUCUUGUUUUCCAAAGAGAGGAUCGGAUUCGUAUCAUCAUUACUUCUGCCAAUUUGGUUGCCAAACAGUGGACUGGCAUUACCAAUACUGUGUGGUGGCAAGAUUUUCCUCGUAGAAGUGUUUCUGAUUUCUCAUCUUUGUUCACUCAAAUUUCUGAUGUUGAAGUAACACAAGGUGUACAAUCUGAUUUUGCUGCUCAACUAGCAGGGUUUAUGGCAUCUCUUGUGAUUGAUGCACCUUCUCAGGCUCAUUGGAUUGUUGAGUUGACAAAAUACGACUUUAACAAGGCUAUGGGAUAUUUAAUUGCAUCAGUGCCUGGAAUCCAUUCUUAUAUGCCACAGGAAACUUUGGAUCUGACUGAUCUUUUGUCUGACAACCAGAGUGCAUCGUGUUUAGUGUUUCCGAAGCACAUUGCCAUGGUUAAGGCAUCCAUUACUGGCGUAAGUCACCUUUUGCAUGCGGCAGCGGACUCAGAUGGUGCAACUCUAAGGAAAUUAGCUAUUUUCCUCUCAGAUUCUCGUAUUAAUGCAUCUGGGAUGCUCGAAACAACUCUAAGAAGAGAAACAAAUAUACCCGCCGAUUACAAUGCUGUCAGCAUUCUUGUUCGAAAUCCCAAUAACUCCUUUAAGGGAGAUUGCAUCCGAGUAGGAUUUCUACCUAGAAAUUUUGCAAAGUGGGUAUCCCCCUUGUGGGACGAAGGUUUUUUCAGUUUUUCUGGCUAUGUUUGUCCAAAAGAGGUGCUUGCUGCUGCUCUUGGAGGAAAUAACAAGAAAGUAUCAUUGAUACUACAUGUAUUUCAGGGGCCUUCUUUUUCUGACAUGCCAAAGUUGAUGCAGCAUCAUCAUGUGAAUGCCUUGUGCUAUUUCAUUGCUUCUAUUGAAAGGUGUAGAGGACUUUAUAGACUACGUGAGGUGUUAGAUCAAUACAGGUGGCCUGAAUCACUAGAAAGUGACUUUGUUUACGGUUCAUCCUCCAUCGGUUCAUCAAUCAAUGCACAAUUCUUGGCCGCUUUUUCAGCUGCUGCUGGAAAGAGAUCUUUGCGAUCGUCUGAUUCUGAGGAGUCAGAUCCAGAGCAGUGGGGAUUUUGGACUGCUAGUCAAGAAUUGAAGAAUCCAUCAAUUAGAAUUAUUUUUCCCACUAUUGAGAGGGCGAAGAUGGCUAUUAACGGAAUUUCGGCUUCAAAGCAGAUUCUUUGCUUCUCAGAGAAAACAUGGCAAAGGUUGAAGACUGCAGACAUACUCGAUGAUGCAAUUCCUUAUCCUUCCUAUAGGAUUGGCCACCCAAUUCAUGCAAAGGUGGCAAUGAGGCGCUUUAAGUCCAGGGCAAGUGCAUGUUCUUUUGGUUGGGUUUAUUGUGGGUCACAUAAUUUCAGUGCAGCUGCUUGGGGGAGGUUGAUUUCCAAUCAGUCUGGUGGAAACGUUAACACACCUGGUCGAAGCAACUUCAAUUUGAAGAAGCUUCACAUUUGCAACUAUGAACUUGGGAUACUGUUUGUUGUUCCCCCGACAGAGACACUAGCGAAGGGCAGCCACAUAGACUUGGACAAUAUUGUUUUGCCAUUUGUCAUGCCUGCUCCUAAAUAUAGGUCUUGUGACAGGCCGGCAACAGCAAAGGCUAUGAGGGAGGCGGGGGUUGAAGUCAGUGGAUUGGGGACGGAACUUUCAGAAGUACCAUCUGUUGACGAAAUGAUGGAAGAGAACCUUGAUGGAGAGGAUUUAAUUGAGGUUAAUGACCAAAUCGCUACAGAAAAGGAGAAUGCAUUCGCUAAUCAGCUCUGGAGCCAGGUUGAUGCAUCCCAGAGCUGAUAAUUCUUUCCAUCUUUCAGCAGAAGACGCAAGUUUCAUUUUGUGAACUUUUCUGCAAAAGAUGCAAUUUUCCAAUGAGUUAAAAUCUAUUCGGAUGUCACAUUUAUCCACAAAUAAUUUGGCUUCAUCUGUACACAGUUCAUUGUAGAAAUGAUUGACUUAAUAAAAUGAAGGUCCUGUACAAUUUCUGAAA